AUGAUGCCAAUCAGUGGUCAGGCCUCGGGCAGUGAGGACUGGUCGUCAAGAGAUCAGGAUGAACCUCAACUGAAUCGGGAAGCCGAACGGCUACAUGAACCAAUAUCCUUUAAACGGAAAACAAAACAGCGAUCGCGAUUCAGUCUAUCUAGUCUUCUCUCCCCCACCGCUGGCGGUUCGGACACUGGAUUCAGCUCUCCCGCGCCGCAAGGUGGUCAGAACGGAGACGCAUCACCCCUCGACCCUUAUGCGCCGAUAGGGUUCGGUAAUGGGGCUGAGAGAUCAAAAGACGGCGGUCCUUUAGAUUGGUAUGUUGAAGGACCGGGCAGACGUGUGGGCUACGACGACUUUACCGCUAUCGAUUGGAUCUACGAAUACACGAAAGAACGGCAAAGGAAACGACUUCUUUACUCAAGUGGGCAAGGUUUAUUGGGCCAUGCGCGUCGGCUUCUUGAUGCAAGCAAUGUUUGGCUGGUGUUGAUUGCGACCGGUAUCGCUGUAGGCGUCAUCGCUGCCUCGAUCGAUAUUGCUACAGAUUGGUUAGGUGAUUUGAAGGCUGGAUAUUGCAAAAGCGGCAGUGGAGGCGGAAAGUUCUAUCUGAAUAAGAGCUUUUGUUGCUGGGGUCUGGAUGAUUACUCGAAGUGCCUAGAUUGGACACCGUGGGGCAAUGCACUAAACGCAAGCUCCAAGGGAGGAGUGUACACAGUCGGAUAUAUCUUCUACGUUGUGUUUUCGGUCUUCUUUGCGGCAUGUGCUUGCUUUUUGGUCAGAAACUAUGCCAUUUAUGCUCGACACAGUGGAAUCCCUGAAAUCAAAACCGUUCUUGGUGGAACUGUCAUUCGUCAUUUCAUGGGGCCGUGGACCCUGGCUAUCAAAUCCCUAGGCCUGUGUCUUUCUGUCGCAUCGGGACUAUGGCUUGGUAAAGAAGGUCCACUCGUACAUGUUGCAUGCUGCUGCGCCAACAUUCUGAUGAAACCAUUUGACAGCCUAAAUGGUAACGAAGCACGCAAACGAGAGGUUCUCUCGGCAGCUGCAGCUGCGGGUAUUUCAGUCGCUUUCGGGGCACCAAUCGGAGGAGUGCUUUUCAGUUUGGAGCAAUUGUCGUAUUAUUUCCCGGACAAGACAAUGUGGCAAAGCUUCGUCUGCGCCAUGAUUGCAGCUGUAACUCUGCAAGCCUUGAACCCGUUCCGGACAGGAAAUAUUGUGCUAUAUCAAGUCACAUACACUCGAGGCUGGCAUCGCUUCGAAAUCAUCCCAUUCAUCAUACUUGGUAUUACAGGUGGCCUGUAUGGUGCAUUCCUCAUACGGCUCAAUACGAGAAUUGCCAAGUGGAGGCGAGCUCGAACCUCUUCCCGGCCAAUCAUUGAAGUGGUGGUCGUGGCCCUGAUCACGGCGUUGGUCAACUAUCCCAAUCAUUUCAUGCGAGCUCAGAACUCAGAGCUUGUCCAGUCGCUAUUUGCGGAGUGUAACAGUGCCACGACUGACCGAUUCGGGCUUUGUGCCACAGGCUCUGCCUCCAUCGGUGUGGCAAUCUAUCUCGUUGUGGCUGCCCUGCUUGCAUUCUUCUUGGCUUCAUUGACCUUUGGGCUUGAAAUUCCUGCCGGUAUCAUUCUUCCUUCAGUUGCUAUUGGUGCUCUUUAUGGGCGAGCAUUGGGCAUCAUGGUUCGCAUGUGGCAAGAAGCUUAUCCGAAAGCUUUCCUAUUCGCAAAAUGCGAACCAGAUAUUCCAUGUGUCACGCCUGGACUGUACGCCAUCAUUGGGGCUGCUGCUGCCCUUGGAGGGGCUACCCGAAUGACUUUGUCUAUUGUUGUGAUCAUGUUCGAGCUGACUGGUGCAUUGACAUAUGUUAUUCCGAUCAUGAUCGCUGUUAUGCUGUCCAAGUGGUGCGGUGACAUCUUUGGAAAGCGUGGUAUCUACGAGUCAUGGAUUCGAUUGAACGAGUAUCCGUUCCUUGAUCAUCGCGAUGAUACUACGCCACCAGACGUAUCUGCCCAUCGAGUUAUGACGACGGUGGAUGAUAUCAGCAUCAUCACUGCGACUGGCCACACAAUAUCUUCCAUCCGCACCCUGCUCGCGAACACCACGUACCGUGGGUUCCCCGUUGUCUCUGAAACGUCGAGUCCUAUCCUACUAGGGUAUAUCACUCGCAAUGAGCUUUCUUUUGCGUUGAAGUACUCUACUUCACCAUCCACUCGUAAUCUUUCUGAGGAGACACAGGUCUUCUUUUCCCACCAGCCAUUUGCGGAUCCUGUUGAUACACUUGACUUGCGACCUUGGAUGGAUCAAACGCCCAUCACGCUGAACAGUAACAUCACCUUUUUGAUCGUGCUCCGAAUGUUCCAACGUCUGGGCCUACGUUAUGUUCUCUUUGCCAACAAGGGCAUUCUACAAGGAUUAUUGACCAAGAAAGACGUUUGGUCAGUGCUUAACGGUGUCGAAUUUCGCCGAGAGGAAUCCCUUCGAGAUGAGGACUUCCGGGAUUCUGGGAAUCACCACGCGGCUGAAGAAGUUGGAUUGCUUGAUGGCAAUGAUAGGUCCAGCAUUGGCAGCUCCUUACGGCGGGACUCACUUUGA